UUACCCAGAUUUGAAGAUUGCCUUCCACCCCUUCUCCCUUGCGGGACUUGGUCGACCCAGCAGGUCUUCCCGCGCCGGCGCCUCUGCCUAGAAGGAGGCUCGGCUCUGAAGUGACUGCAGAGGUAGCCGGCGGGAGCCAGGCCGCCCUGUUGCCGGCGCCCGUCAGGGGAGGAGGGGCGCGCGAACCUUGGACUACCGGGAUUGUAACCCGGAGGUUGGCCCAGGGAAGCCCAGUGUGGGGCGGGCCAGCAAACCUGGAAACGGAAUUUCCCUAUCUCCAAUCGACUGCACUGGUUUUUUUUCCUAUCUCCAAAAAUCCACCUCUGAAAGUGAGAGGGACAGGGCUGCUCAGGACGUUGGACUAGGAUGUAUCCUGGUCCAAGACUGAGGUGGUCAGUGCCCUGGAGGAAAUGAAGACAGGAACCAGGUAGUUAAGAGAAGAGCCCAGGGAGUGCUGGCCACACUUCUGAGCUCACAGUGUUGCCUGCCUCCCUUCCCAAGCAGCUCCCUUCCCCCACUGGCCUAACCCGCAAAAGCAAACCUCCUAAAUUUUUUCCUUCUCUUCCCUGUUCCUUCCUCUUUUUCAUUUUAUUCUGUGUAACUUUAUGCAAAUUACUGCAUCUGUUUAUUGAUGUACACGUGUAUGUAUAUAUGCAUGUGUAUAUGCAUAUAUAUCUCUACAUUUGACUCCUGCCAUUAUUGUAAAGAGGAAUGAGUUGUCCCUAGGUGGUGCAAAGGGCGAAGAGGCUCAGUCUGAAAGGUUGGUGUUUUGAGUCUAUCCAGAGGUUGGGUUUUUACAGGCACCUUGGAAGGCCUGGCAAUCUACUGAAAAACUCAGCCAUUGAAAGCCCUGUGGAACACAGUUCUACUGUGACACAAAGAGGUCGCUAUCAUUCAGAUAACUAGUUUAGUUUAUUGUUAUGAUUAACUUUUCAGCAAAAUCAGUGAUUGAUUACAUGAGAUGGGAGAAGAUGGAUGGAAAAAGCCUUGGCCCUGAGGGAAAUCUUCAUUAAAAAAAAAAUCACCAGAAGGAUUCCCAAAGUGGCAAUUGGUGGAAGUGGUCCUAGUGAGAAAGCUUGAAACCCCACAGCCUCAUAUUCAGGCCCAGCCCUCUGACCCAGCACCUCCCACCUGGAUCUCCCUUUCUGUCAAAUUGGCUACUAUGCCUGCCCCAACAGACAACUUGAUGUAUUUGAAUGGGCUCAGCCCCUAGCUGGACACAGGAUUUUUUUUUUCUUUUUCCAGCCCAUCUUCCCUUCCUUCCUUACUUCGUUUUGUCAUUUCUCCCAGGCAGUUGGAGUAUUUUCCCCUUGGAUUGUAAUGGAGACCCUUUGAAGGAUUUAAGCUGGGGUGGACAUGAUGAAAGCAUAGUUGUAAACAGUUUUACCUCUGAGAUUCUGGACAAUUAUAUUUGCCUCUUUUGGAGACUCAGUUUCCCCCUCCGUCUGACCGGACUAUGGAGGAGAAGCCCUUGUUAUUCAGAUUGAUGUUCUUGCUUUUUCUUGUUUUUAUCCCCUCCAGUUCACCACCCCCAUGUCCUCCUUUGAAUCAUUUUAUUUUUCUCACACAACCCUUCCCACCUUCUUUCCUUUUCUCCUCUCCCCACUAGUCCCCCAGAAAAUCUCCGUGGUGCUGUUUAACAGGAACACUGCCCCUAUGGCCCCAGCGAAGCCCCUGGCAAUGAUGGAGGAGGAGGUAACAUGCUGUGUCUGCCGGCAUCACUUCUUGAAGCCUGUGAUCAUUGAAUGUGGCCACAGCUUCUGCCAAAAAUGCAUCUCUGAGGUUGGGAAAGAUGGCGGCAGUAGUUGCCCUGUGUGCCAGCAGAAAUUCCUGUUCAGGAACAUCUGGCCCAAUCAGCACCUAGCCAGCAUGGUGCACAUCCUUAGACAAAUGGUCCAGAGCACCAAGGAGGACAUGAAGAGGGAUCAGUGUAGGGUGCAUGGAGAGAAACUUCACCUGUUCUGUGAGGAAGAUGGAGAAGCACUUUGCUGGGUGUGUGCCCACUCACGGAAACACCGUGACCACUCCAUGAUCCCUACUGAGGAAGCUACACAUGAGCACCAGGAGAAGUUCCAGGUAGCAUUACAGAAGCUGAGAAGAGAGCAGGAGUUGGCUGAGAAGUUGGAAGUCGAUAUUGCUGAGAAGAGAGCAGCCUGGAAGGAGGCUCAAAGUAUCCUGGAAAGGAGUGAGGCCUGGAACCGGAAGGAGCUAGACGUUGCAUCCCCAGACCUGAGGAAUGAGUGCCGUGUGCCAGGGCUGAAGAUGCUGGGGACAUACGGAGUACACAUCACUCUGGAUCCAGACACAGCCAGUCCGUGGCUCAUCCUUUCUGAGGAUAAGAGACAAGUGAGGCUUGGAAACACCUGCCAGGACUUGCCUGAAAAUGAAGAGAGAUUUGAUAGUUAUCCCGUGGUCCUCGGUGCCCAGUGCUUCUACUCUGGAAAGCUUUACUGGGAGGUAGACGUGACCGGAAAGGAAGCCUGGGACCUGGGGGUUUGUAGACACUCUGUCAAGAGGAAGGGACAAUUUACGCUCAGCCCUGAGAAUGGCUUCUGGACAAUUUGGUUGUGGAAGAAACAAAAAUAUGAGGCUGGCACUUCCCCCCAGACUUCCCUCUACCUUAAGGUGCCUCCUCGCCAAGUUGGGAUCUUCGUGGACUAUGAGAACCACACCGUCUCCUUCUACAACAUCACUGACAAUGGCUCCCUCAUCUACACUUUCUCUGAAUGUGCCAUUGUUGGGCCUCUGCGGCCCUUCUUCAAUACUGGUUUCAGUGACGGAGGAAGAAACGCGGCCCCUCUGACCCUGUGUCCACUGAAGCUGGGAUGGUAGGGGUCCACUGACCAUUGGUCUCUUCUGGAGAGUGCUACCUGCUCCCUGUUGAUACCCUUCCCAGUUACUGCCCCUGCCUCUUUCCAUUAGCUGAGCCACCUCUGCCUCUGCAGAAGUGUCAGCAUCCCAGCAAGCAGGCCUUGACAGGGAAGUCACUGAAAGUCAAGGCCCAGUGGCUCUCAACAGCAAUAUUCCUGCCCUAGAUUGCAUAUGAUUCCCUCCAAGGGGGCCAACUACUUCUAUUUGGUCCAAACACAUCUGGAUCAACCAAAAACAUGUUUCCACCUUGUUUGUGACUUAAGUUUUGUUUUCUUCUCUUCAUCCCUACAGCCAUUGCCUUUGGUCAGAUCUCUGUUCUAUCUUUCUGGGUUUACCAAAAGGCUUCCUGAGGGAAUUAUGUCUCAGUCUAUCCCAUUCAGACCUCGUUUCUCGUCUACAUCUAGGAUUAUCUUUCCGACAGACACGCACCUGAUCAUAAGUGGCUCCACAUUGCCUAAAGAAAAAUAUCCAUGGCUCAUUACCCAGAGACUUGUGUACCUUAUAAGGGAAGAUAUUAGAAAGAAUCCAUAGGUUCAGGCAUAUCGUUUCCCUGAGUCUACAGGGAACCAUAGAAUAUAACACCAUAGCUGGUAACGAUUGUAUUAAAUUUUGUGAAAUAAUAAUUUGAAAGCAUAGAAAAGACUCAGGAAUGAGUUCUCUUCUAGCCACCAGAAUUAUGGCAUCCUGCACAUGUGAACAGGUCAAUGCUAAUAGGAAUUUAGUUGUAUCAGGCAAGAUGAGUCAUGGCAAGGCUCUCAUCCUCUUAAAAGUCUUUCAGGAAAACCUACUCUUCAAGUGUAUAUACUCCCUGGAAAGCAGAGAAGGCCAAGCCUUUGGAGAAAGCCUGAAUCUUUGACCUUAUAGGUGAAGCCAUUCCAGUCAUUCAGCAGAUAGUGAGAACCCUGCGUCUUGCCCUGGGUACCUUCCACUGCUACCUGGUCCCUCUCAGGAUCUUCUUGGACUCAUAAUGAUUUUACUUCCAGACUUAGGUUUACACGGUGCUGUUGGUUGCAACAUCAUACCUUUCUAUUUGAAUAUCAUCAGUUUUUCUGUUUCUCUGUGUCUCUGCUUGGAGUUAGCCAAUGCAAAUAAUGGUUUGUGACCUUCAAUUGCUAUACUGGUUGGAGGAGACUAUCAUAAUGAUAUAAACUUAAAUAAUCUGAUUUCUCGAAA